UUUUGAUUUAUAGACCCGUAUCAUGGCCGUAUUCUAGGCCUACAAUUGCCAUUUUGGACCCGAACUGAGCUUAUAAAAGAGAAUAAAGAGAAGGAAUUCGGGGGAGGGGGUCGGUAGGAUAUAGAGACCCCUCAUAUAGGCAACUGAUCCUACCUCUGGUGUGUCCAGUGGUCUGUGUUUACCCAACUCUUAAUUUUGUAUUCCGUAUAGGAGUUUUGAGAUUGAUCACUGUUCGUUAUCUUCGCCUUUUCACAGAAAUGUGACAGGUUUUUUUUCGUUGAGAAAAAACAUUUCCAUCACCUUGAAAAUAUUAAUCCCAAAUAAUUUUGUAUCUCCCGGUAUGCUAAAAAUCUGAGAAAUUAAUGUUGGGGGUCAGGAAACAUCGAAAAAUUAUCUGAAUGUGUCGCCGUACUACAGAAGUCGAAAGGCGAUUCCAUUUCCAACCAAUGAAAACCCGCGUUACUUUCGUGCAAGCGUCGGUUCGGCAUGUGCCCGGACAAGAGAGAAGAAAAAGCCAAAUAAGAACUAUUUUUUAGUUUUUAAAACUAAUAAUGAGCAGUUGAACUAAUUACGAACAAAUCAAGAUGCCCGGGAUAAAAAGAAAAGGUUCCCAAGUACCCAUCACUGAUAAACCUCCAAAACUAAAGAAACAAAGCACGAGUACCACCAUUGAGAAUGCGAAAGGGAAAGCUGAGAAAAAGAAAAAGAAUGUUGUAGCUGACUCCUUAGACUCGCCACCAAAGCUAGAAAAAAUGGCUGUCGUUGAGGCACCCAGAAAGCUAGCCUCCCCAGUCAAAAAGUCACCAGAAAAAAAGUAUAGAAUGCCUAGAUUUCCAACAUUGAAACCCACUAAACCAUUGACAGACGACAGUGAUUUCUCAUUUUCUGUUCCUUCAUUUUAUUCUAAAUCCUCAAAGUCAACCAAUUUUACAAAACUGAAGAAGGCUUCCACAAUAGAAUUGAGUCAGGAAGAACCGAAAUUCAAUGAUGUAAAAGAAACACCCCUGACAACGGAGGCAACUGAAAUCCUGCCACCAACACUGGAAAUUGAGGUAGAUCCAAACUGUACUAGAGCUUCAGAGAUAAAGAAGAAAAUGCAGAAACUUCCGUCUGGCUCUAUUGUAGGGAAAAUAACCAACUUAGAAUUUGAUGAUUUGAUUUUGCCGAUAGUUGCUUCAGAUGUUCUAUGUGAAUUUUCUGACGAGAGUCCCACCAAAAUCACUACAGGGAGUCUUCAACCCAGAGCAUCUGCAUUUGAAGUUGCGGAGUAUUUGACUUCAUUAGACACACCCGUUACCAGUGAAAAAACUGAAAAAUCAUUAAACACAAUUGAGGAGGAGCCAGUGGAGUCAGACUUUUUUGACACUGAUCAAGAAACUGAUGAAAGUGCAAAUAAACCUAUUAUUGAGGACGGGGAAGAGAAUUCAAAAUCGGAAAAUAAAGCGGAAAUUAAGCCCGAGUCUAACACCAACGGAAGCUCGUCACCCGUGAAAACUCCAAGAAAAGUCCCAGGAGGUCUUCGGGAGAUAGUUUUCUCGUUUGACACAACAGGUUCCAUGUAUAACUAUAUGGAGGAGGCAGGGGAGAGAAUUAGGGAUCUAGUUAAUCGCUUACAGACUGAGAUGCCGGGUAUACGCCUGGCUUUCAUGGCCCACGGUGAUUACUAUGAUCUGAGUCACGACAGGUACCUCAUUAAGUGGAUUGACUUCGGUGCCAGUAUCGAGGAAGUAGUGAAAUUCUUUGAGAACUUAUCCAUCACGCAUGGUGGUGACGACGAUGAGUGUUAUGAACUUGUUCUAAGGAAGACCAGAGAAUCAUUGUCAUGGACACCAGGAAGUCAGAGAAGUCUAGUUGUCAUUGGAGAUUCCGACCCCCAUGAACCUGGGUAUAAAUAUGAACAAUUUGUCAAUGACAUAGACUGGAAACUAGAAACUGCACUGUUGAAGGAAAUGGGGGUGAGGAUAUAUGGCCUGCAGGUGGGAUACCGAUCUGAUUUUUAUAAACGGAUCUCGCAGAUGACAGGUGGUGCUCAUCUCCGCAUAGACAACGUCAUUUUUACCUACGAGACGUUGAUGUCCAUUUGUUUACGAGAAGGCAGCUUAAAAUUGUUAAAGAGUUAUGAAAAUGAAGUACGGAAAGCGAAGAAGAAUUCCGAGGAGGGAGGUGUAUUGGACUUAGAAUUAGAAAGGUUAUUCAGUUCAUUGAAAAGUGUAGAGGACAACAAAUCCACGAAAACAAUGCUCAAAGAACAAAAACAGGCCCUGAAAGAAGAGAAGAAGGUCAAGAAAGCGUUAGAACUUGAGGCGAAAUCGGAAAAGAGAUCGGCAGAGAAUGAAGAUGGCGGAUCACCCACGAAAAAACCAAAGAUAGAUAAUAUGUCCCCACUUAAAGCUUCUAACAAGUUAAAGAAUUCACCGUCUGCUAAAAUUUUGUCAAAGGCAAAGAAGAAGAUAAUUGAAAAAACUCUAGCGAAAACUUCACCUGUGAACAAAGGAAUAAAAAUUAAAAAGGAUGCAGAAAAGACACUAGAUAAGAAAGAUGCAUCAAAGAAGAAAGAUUUGAAAUCCAAUUCGAAAGUGAAAGAUGGCAAUGCUACCCCAACAAAAACUCCACUAAAGACUGCGAAGAAAGUCAUAAAGACCAAUGGUGUUAAAAAUGCAAAGAAAACUCAAACAAAUGAAAAUAAGAAACAUGGGCAACCUGGUAAAAGUGCAAAGAAAACUCUGAAAACAAAUGAAAGUAAGAAAAAAAGGCAACCUGUUAAAAGUGCAAAGGAAACUCCGAGGGGUGGAGCGAAGAAACCGGGGCAAUCUUCUAAAAAAGAUACCGUAACACCUAAACAAGAGAAAAAAACUAAAAAUAAAGAUGCUAAGGAAAGUGAGAAGGUAAAGGAAGUGAAAAAAGUGACGGCUAAAGCUGUAAAACCCAAAGGAAAACAAGAAGGAAAAGCGAAGCCAGUGCAAUCUCCGAAAACUUCACCAGCAGCUAAAAAAUCACCAGGGAAAAUCACCAAAACCAAGGUACCACUAAAAGUAAGCAGCAAAAAGGCAGAUCUCAUCAAGAAAUCAGUGAAAGACUCUCAAAAGACUGAGAAAAAAGUCACCAAGAAACCAGAAAAAUCUCAGGUGACUAAGAAAGUUGAGAAGCCCAAACCUGGAGUGAAGAGCAAAUCUGAAAGUGAGAGUAAGCAAACUCCAAAGAAGACCACUCAGAAAGGCCAGAAGACUCCUCCAAAAACUCCUCAAAAAACACCUAAACCCUCACCCAAGGUGUCUAAAUCAGUAAAGAAACAACCACGGGAGGCUGCACCUGUGACAAAAUUUGUAAUGGGACCAUUGAGUGUGUUUUCCUGGGACAACUGGUUGCCUUUAAUCACCCACACCAAACCCGAUGUUAAAACCGAGGACUGGAAAAAGAAGCCCAGCAUUUGUCCCGGAUUCUGUAAUGACAAGGUCUAUAAGAGUGAAACACCACAAGUUGUGUAUGAAAUUGCUGUGUCUCCGCCUGAUAGUACCAAGCGAUACCCAGUUUAUUAUGCCAUCGAUGCUCUUUGGAGCUGUUUUUCAUCAGCUCGGGUGAAAAAGGAAGUGGAGCGAGUAAUAAAGGCCAAGGGGUCUCUCAGUGUACGGAAGGGGUCUCUGGGAAAACCAAAUGAUGCUGCGUUCCAGAAGGCUGUGGACUUUAUGAAGGUGAACUUUGACUAUGCAUGGGAUGGUCGAGGAGAGGAUGUAAAGAAAGAUGGAUUCAUUAUUGCUAAAGUUCCUCGGCCUAGAGUGAGGAUUAAAAUGGCCACUGUUUUGGAGGACCCGUCUUUGGAGCGACAUUUUAAAGGCCACAGAGAUACAGUAUGCAGUCUGGAUUUCAACCCAAACAUGAAACAACUCGCGUCUGUAUCUAUGGACUCCUGCCUGAUGGUAUGGAACUUCAAACCUCAGAUGAGAGCAUACAGAUUUGUGGGACACAAGGAUGCUGUUAUGGACGUCAAGUUUUCGCCCUCGGGACAUUUAGUGGCAUCAGCUUCCAGGGAUAAAACAGUUCGCUUGUGGAUCCCAACUGUGAAAGGCGAGUCUACUGUGUUUAAGGCACACACUGCGACUGUCAGAAGUGUGGAUUUCACAUAUGAUGGACAGACAUUACUUACAGCCUCAGAUGAUAAAACUAUCAAGUUAUGGACAUGUCACAGACAGAAAUUCCUGUACUCCUUAAACCAACACAGUAACUGGGUCAGAAGUGCCAAAUUCUCUCCUGAUGGUCGUUUGAUUGUGUCUGGUAGUGAUGAUAAAACUGUCAAAAUAUGGGACAAGAAUAGCAAGGAGUGCAUCCACACGUUCUAUGAACAUGGAGGGUUUGUAAACCAUGUAGAAUUUCACCCCAGCGGGACGUGUAUUGCAUCAGCAGGAACAGAUAGCACUGUUAAAGUGUGGGAUAUUAGGACGAACAAACUUCUACAACAUUACACAGCUCACAGUGCAGCAGUAAAUAGCCUCUCCUUCCACGCAAGUGGGAACUAUCUGAUUUCCGGGUCUGAUGAUUCCACACUGAAGGUGUUUGACCUGCUGGAAGGAAGAUUGUUUUAUACAUUACAUGGGCAUCAGGGACCAUGCACAUCAGUAACCUUUUCCAAAUCUGGUGAAUAUUUCGCAUCUGGAGGGUCAGAUGAACAAGUGCUUGUUUGGAAAACAAACUUUGACCAGCUAGAUUUUUCAGAAGUCCUUCAUUCACACAAAAAGAAACAGGAGGAGACAACUCCAUCAGAACCCACCGUAUUAGAUAUCCAGCCUCGAGUCGCUCGCAAACCGACCAAACCAAAGUCUCCUAGAGGGUAUGACGCGAGAACAGAACUUAAAAACAUGGAAGAUGAAUCCGUUCCUGUAACAGAUGUGGGCCCUGCUAUGUUUGCACCUGAGCAGAAUGGUGUUAGUUUUGACAUUGAUGUCAUGACGUCAGAACAAGAGCCCAUCGUACGCACCACCAAGGACCGCCCAGCCACCACCCAGCAGCUGGAACCACAAACUUUACCACCACAGCUCGGCAAAACCCUGGAGCAGAUUGUUGGACAGCUGGAUGUACUCACACAGACCGUUUCAUUGUUAGAGCAGAGAUUAACAAUGACAGAGAACAAAUUAAGGGAAUGUUUAGACAACCAACAAAGGUUAACACUACAGAUUCGCCCAACAGACUGAUCAGUGGUAGUCCAUAUAUAUUGAGUUACAUGUAGUCUUCAAAUGUCUGCGACCGACAGGAGUAUUUCGUAAAGACAGUGAACAAUGCAGUCCAAGUAGGCUUAUAGAUCAACAGAGAUCUGUUCGGUGACAUUACUUACCUCCCCUUACACCUUGUGACUGUCGAUGAUGCGCGCGUCCUGCAGUCGUGAGCCAGGCUCAGAACGAAGUUAAAAAAGGCAUUUGAUUAUAUUUUUUGUAGAUUUUUCAAUAAGUUUUGCAGGUCUGUUCUGUUUAAUGUUUUUGAAAUAAUUGAUUUAAAUUGCAAUUUGAUGUAGUAAGUUUAGGAAGAAAUCCGUCCAUAUGAUUUUUCUGUUUACUUGUGUAUGUUGUUUUCAAGAUGCAUGUUCUGUCUGUUGUAUACAGUUUAGUUCUAGAAAAGGCCAUUUCUUUCUGUUUGAUAUCUCUUGUUUGGUUUUCAAUAUUCAUUUUUAGAAGAAAACCAUUGGUGUAAUGAAUUUUAUUUCAGUCAAGUAACAGAGUUUUGCAAUAUGGUAUGCUGAUAUUAAAUCUUUCCAUAUCCAAGAAGAAAAACCCCCACAAAGAAACAAUACACAAUAUGCACGUUCAUUCCCAUUCUAGAUCUUAUUUUUAAUUGAUUUAAAGGAAAAUCUUUUUUACUAUCAAAAUAGCAGAUAGAUAGCUCCGUAAUGAUUCCGUGACUAUCAAAUUCUAUGAAGGGAAUAACAUUGCCUAUUUUUUGUUACAUUUUUGUGUCGCCUGCAUUACACAGUGGCGACAUAUAGGGAUCACUAUCCAUCGUCCUGCGUCGUCGUCUGGCGUCGUCACAAAAAAUUUCUGUCACAGUUUUCUCAAGAACCACAUGGGGCAACUCCCUGAUAUUUGGCACAGAGCAUCAGUGUGGCCAACUGUAUUGUGUAAGACAUUUUCGAAUCUGUCGCUUAUCAGUUUCCUGUUUGCCAGGACUUAGAAUUUUUUACAGCAAAAAAAUUUCUGUCACAGUUUUCUCAAAAACCACAUGGGGCAACUCCCUGAUAUUUGGCACAGAGCAUCAGUGUGGCCAACUGUAUUGUGUAAGACAUUUUCGAAUCUGUCGCUUAUCAGUUUCCUGUUUGCCAGGACUUAGAAUUUUUUACAGCAAAAAAAUUUCUGUCACAGUUUUCUCAAAAACCACAUGGGGCAACUCCCUGAUAUUUGGCACAGAGCAUCAGUGUGGCCAACUGUAUUGUGUAAGACAUUUUCGAAUCUGUUGCUUAUCAACUUCCUGUUUAGUGACAAAAACCAUUUCAAUAAUUUACUUUUUCAACAUUAUACGUGAUAUAUUACAUAUAGAAUGAACUAGCAGGCGACACAUGUCUUCCGGGGAAGACUUAAUACUGCGUUUUCUCUUGAAUAAGAAAGAGACAGACUAACCUUGCUUUGUUUUUAGACAUAUGUUUAUGCCUGUCUAGAUGUCAUUCAAAUUAGUUGACAUAUCAAAUUAGUUGACAUAUUCUUUGUGUGAACUGAUGGAAGUUAAGAUAGAAUGUGACCUGGUCUUGAGAGACUGUAUGAAAAUAAUUAUCAGGUACAUUAUAUAGAACACCGCAUUGUCCUUAAAAUAAAAUAAAUAUCAGGUACAUUAUACUGAACACAGCAUUGUCCUUUAAGGAAUAUAAUAAUACAUGUACCUUGUUUUUUUCUCUCUCUCUCAUUUAACAUGUGUACAUGGACUAUGUGUAUUUUACAUGACAUGAUUAAUUUCACACAAGAAAGAAAUGGGUUGCCUUGUUAUAUGAUAUUGAAAAGUUCAGAAGAAUCUUCUGCUGUAGUACAUAUGUUUAUAUUUAUUUGUAAAUAAAAUUGCUAAUACCUAUAAA